CAUUAAUUGGAGUGACACCAUUUCUCUUUGUUUUUGAGGGGCAUGGUUUAGUCGUCUGUCAUUUUCAAUCUUACAGAAAAGCACUCUCUUUUGCACAAGAUUAUUACUAGCUUUAAUCAGAUUCUUUGUGGAAAAUAUCAGUAACAAGCUAACAACAUUUUCCCAUUAUAAAACUUCUCUUGUAUGUGAAGACCAGAAAUACACCAAAACAUCACUCUUUUGCAGAAUCAAGAAGGCUCCCAUGGAUCAACGGUUGCUCAAAGCUGCUAGAUCAGGUGAUAUUAAUAUAAUCAAGCAACUUUCCGAUGCGGAAGGCGGUAUCCUAGGUGGAACAACGCCUCAAGGGAACACCGCUCUUCACAUGGCUGCAAGAUUCGGGCAUGAGAAUUUGGUACAAGAGAUAAUGAAGAGGCAACCUAGCCUUGUUCUCAAGAGUAACCUCAAAGGUGAGACCCCCGUUCAUGUUGCAGCCAGGGGUGGACAUUGGCGAAUCGUUCUACUCUUCAGAGACUCUGGCUCAAAUGGUGUUUACAUUGCGAGAGUCAGAGAUAAUUAUGGUAACACACCCUUACAUUGUGCUGUGAGAAAUGAUCAUUAUCUGGUGGUCUGGAGAUUGGCGGAUAAAGACCGAGAAUCGUUGCUGUUGGUUAAUCAUACCGGGGAAUCUCCGUUGUCUAUCGCUAUUGAUCUCAAGUUAGCAGUCACUGCCGAGGCAAUCAUCGGUUUAAAUCGGUCCACUCUCGAGUACAGAGGACCCAACGGCCAAACCCCUUUGCAUUGUGCUGUCAUAAGACGUGAUUUACAUAUCAUGCGGAAAAUACACAUCAGGAAACCAAAACUCAUAAAAAUGCAAGAUGAAAAGCAGAGGACACCCCUUCAUUAUGCUGCGGCCUUGGGUGAAUAUGAGAUAAUCAAGUUAUUGCUUGAAUGGGAUAUUUCAGCUGCAUAUCAAGGUGAUGACAAUCAACAAAUACCUCUCCAUUUGGCUGCUGAGAAUGGACAAGUAAACUUGUUAAAGAUAUUGCUCGAUCCAUGCCCGGACACAAUCGAGUUAAUGGAUAAUGAGCAACAAAAUAUCCUCCACUUUGCAGCCAAAAAUGGAAACAUUGAUGCUGUCUCAUUUAUAUUGAAGUUGCCUGAAAUGGAAGACUUGGUUAACGCUGCUGAUAUGAAUGGAAAUACUCCAUUGCACCUUGCAGCCAAGAAUUUCCACAGCAGCAUUGUUUACAUUCUAACAAGGAAUUCAAAGGUUGAUAUUAGGGCAAUCAAUAAAUCGAAUGAGACUGCUCUAGCUGUCGUGCAAUCGUCGGAUGACCAUGGAAUGGAACUACAAAAGCACUUGACGUUGAAGGCACUAAAGAGAUCUUAUGCAAAGAGGGCUGUUAAUCCCAAAGAUGUUGUUGAUAAUGUACAAUUCAGUUAUGAUGAAGUAGAAAAAGUAGGGGAAAGAGGGGGUAAGAAAAGCAGAGAAAUGGCUCAAAUAAUCUCAGUGAUGGCAACACUAAUAGCUACAUUCACAUUCACUGCUGCAUUCACUAUUCCUGGAGGGUUUAUCAGUGAUGGUCCAGAUGAGGGUAUGGCAAUAUUGAUUAAGAAAUCAGCUUUCAAAGCAUUUGUCAUCACUGAUACCAUUGCCAUGACUUCGUCCAUGACUGCUGCAGUUAUGGUUUUCUGGUCAUCAUCACGCCGCAGUAGCGAGUCGUUCAUGGACUCACUCCCUUUUGCCAUCGGGUUGACAUGGAUCGCACUUGUGGCAAUGGCAUUAGCAUUUGUUACUGGCUUGUUUGUUGUGUUGUCUAAGAACCUAUGGCUUGGUAUAGUGGUUUGUGUGAUCGGUUGUGCUGCACCUGCCAUGCUUUACAUAUUUGCACCACUGUUCCUUCUUGUGUUUGAUCGAUUGUCCUCCACUCGAGCUCGUCGACGGAAUAUUGUUGAAGAUAACCCAUUUUUGUUUGUUUUCCGAUUGGCAAAGAUGAUAUCUUAAAUGGGUUCUUUUUCUUUUAACUUGUAAAAAAGCUGUAAAUUUGAGGACUUAAGUAUCACUUUUUCUUUGUCUAAA